CUGCACUACGGGAGCCUCCUGGGCAGCAGAGCUUGUGCCCAGAUGGCAGCAGCUGCCUGGGGCAGUGGCUUUCUCAAUGCUGCCCUGCACACGGCCAACACAUUUUCCCUGCCCCUCUGCCAUGGCAAUGCUGUGGACCAGUUCUUCUGUGAAAUCCCCCAGAUCCUCAAGCUCUCCUGCUCAGAUGCCUACCUCAGGGAAGUCGGGGUGCUAGUGUUUAGUGUUUCUUUACUAUUUGGUUGUUUUUUUUUCAUUGUGGUGUCCUAUAUUCAGAUUUUCAGGGCAGUGCUGAGCAUGCCCUCUGAGCAGGGCCGGCACAAAGCCUUUUCCACGUGCCUCCCUCACCUGGCUGUGGUCUCUCUGUUUAUCAGCACCGGUAUGUUUGCCUAUCUGAAGCCCCCCUCCAUCUCCUUCCUAUCCAUGGAUCUUGUUGUGGCAGUUCUGUACUCAGUAGUACCUCCAGUUGCCUUGGAAGUAGAAUUUCACAUGAAGAAAUUUCACGUGAAGAAAUUGCUCAUCAAAGCAGAAAACUCACUCUCAGGCCGGGACCAUUCGUUAGAAAUCCUGAGCACAGUUUUCAUGGGAUUCAAAUUUAGCCCUAGUACUUCUUGA